GAAGAGAAGAAAUCAAUGUGUUCUGUGAUGGAGGUGUGUCACCUAAAGACUGGUAGGUGGGAGCAGAAACCCACCACUGGUAACCCUCCACUGGGUUUUGUGGGCUAUGCAGCUGCUGCCAUUGGAAGGGAAAUAUUUUAUUUUGGAGGAUUGUGUGGUCAUGAUGGCUGUUCUCAUAAUAGUUUAUACAGUUUUAAUGUUGAUACCUUUAAUUGGAAAGAACUCUCUCCUACUACAUUUCGACAUGGCCCCAUGAUGAAGGCCUACUGUGACAUGAUAGCAAUAAAAGUGAACGGUGAGGACUAUCUUGUAGUAAUUGGAGGAACUGGACCAUCUUCUAAUAAUAAACCCAAGCAACCUAAAACUAAUGAGAUCCAUUUCUAUAAGCUUUCAACAGGUGGAACUGGCGGCAGUGCUUUUGAUAUUUGGAUAUUUGAUAUUAUCAAUAAAUCAUGGAAGGAGCUG